UUGCAAAGAAAGAUUGUGCUCUUACUUAACAUUUCUACCAUUUUCUGUACUCUAAAAUCUGUAAGUUCUCACAGUACACACAUACACACACAUAUACAUUAUAUUUCUUUUUCAAGCUGUGGUUUGUCUGAACUCCAAAAGUAUGAAUGAAAGGAAAUAGUACUGUGAGAUUUUUCUUUGUAUGUGCGAAAGAGUAGAAGCUGUUUGUGCAAAUCCAUGUGCCAUGCUUGAGGAUAAGAAUGUGGAAAGUAAAAGCUGGUAUUUGGGUGGUUGGGUUUAUUUUGAUUUUACAUUUGAUGAUUUUGUGAACUGUGAGUAGUUUUGUUUUAGUUUUUUUGGUUUGUGGGAAUACCUUGAUUUAAAAAAAAAAAUGGGGAUUGUUCGGCUAAGUAGUGAUUACUUCACCUUUGCUUAUAUAUGGGAAAAAAAAGAAAAGAAAAGGAAUGUAACAUUCUCUAGUUUCAUUUUGUUCUCCUUUGUGCAUUUCUUUCUUACCUUAAUAUUUUGAUGUUGGUUUAGGUCCACAUAUUGACUUCAUAACUAAAGUGGUACUGCACAGUGAUGAUUUUCAGUUCCAGUGUUUGACAUGUUUAGUUGUUGGUGAUAAGAAUGAGUACAUGAUUGAAAGCAAAGUUGUGUGAAUCUGUGUUGUCUUAAGACAGAAAACCCCUUGAUUGCUGAUCAAAGAAAAAAAGGAAAAAAAAUGAACAUGGGUUGAAAGUAACAUGAGGUGGAGACAAUGUGAGACUGAAAAGGUUUUACCUGGGACAUGUCACAAUGAUGCAGGACAAUGCACAAGUGGAGUUAUAAGUUUAGUUUUUCUUUUUCUUUUUGUCUGAUUCUCUUCUAUUCUGCAUUCCAGCUUUCUAAAAUCAUGUCAAAUACAAUCAUACAAUUUUAUAAUGACAUGUCAACACAGAUGGAUUGUGUUUACAGUGUUGGAAGCUAUAAAUUGAAUAUUUUAUUCUGAAUGAUGUGUUAGUUUUUUUGUGUUCUUAGUUUACUGUCUCUAUGUCAUAUUUUAGGUAUGUCAAUCUAGGUUGUGCCCUUGGAAAGUGAUGGACUACUAAAACUUAUAUGUUUUUUGUUACACACUUUUUUUAACAUAGCUUUGGACAUCUAAUGGCGUCAUCGGAUGAAGAGGGUGAAAUUAUCCCAGUUGUUAGUAGUUAUUGGUUUGAAAAUGAAAAGAAGGAUUUUGUGUCACUUUCUAGUUUGACAUUGUUGUUUAGCAUUAGUGAGAUCGAAUGUGACUUGGGAGAAAAAGUAUUUUUGCAUGGCAAAACCGAUGAUGGCCUGCAUAAAAUUUACAAACAGAUCAUAGGAUGGAGAUUUGAACUUACCUAUGAGCAGCCUGAGAUUUCAGUGCUUUCAAAGGACAAGAAUUGGAUAACACUCCAAAGACCAAGGAAGAGUUUUGAAAGUACAAUUAGGACAAUCUUAGUCACUGUAUAUUUUUUACAUUUUCUUAGACGGAAUCCAGAGGAAUCUCACAUAUCUAUUUGGGACAAAGUGAAGAAGGCAUUUAGCACAUUUGAUAUCCCACCAUCUGAGAAUGAUAUUCUAAAUCAUGUGAGUUUGAUGAGAGAAGCUGUUAAAAGGGACAACGAUUUAGCAAAAUCAAAGUACCUGCAUGAUUUAAUGGAAAAGGGGUGUUCAAACGAAGGCUUUCAAGAGUACAAUGAUGAGGAGAAUGUCCAAUCUGAUGAACUGAAUCCCGAUGGACAGCAUAAUAUUGGAUAUGAUACUGUUUGUUCAAUAUGUGAUAAUGGUGGUGAAAUACUUCCUUGUGAAGGAAGUUGUUUGAGAUCCUUCCAUGCAACCAAAGAGGCUGGUAUGGAUGCAUUUUGUGAAUCUCUUGGCUACACCAGUGCUCAAGUUAAGGCCUUUCCAAACUUUUACUGUCGAAAUUGUAAAUAUAAGCAGCAUCAGUGCUUUGCAUGUGGCAAAUUGGGUUCAUCUGAUGUAUCAUCGAAAACUGAGGUAUUUCCUUGUGUUACUGCAAAUUGCGGUCACUACUACCAUCCUGACUGUGUAGCAAGGCUUCUGUCCAAUGGCAUUGACACUGAACAAGAGGAAAUGAGAAGGAAAGUUGCCAUUGGCAAAGCAUUUGUUUGUCCUCUUCAUGCAUGCUCUUUAUGCAAAAAGGGUGAAGUUAAAAAUGUUCAUCAUUUGCAGUUAGCAAUAUGUAGACGCUGUCCUAAAGCUUACCACAGAAAGUGUUUACCCAAGGAAAUUUCCUUCACACUUGAUUAUGAUAAGGGCAUUGAGCAGAGGGCUUGGGAUGGUUUACUUGACCAUCGAAUUUUGAUAUAUUGCAUGGACCAUGAGAUAGAUAGCAAACUUGGGACUCCUGCAAGAGAUCAUCUGGUAUUUCCUGAUAUGAAAGUCAAAAUGAAGGUAUUAUUCAAUUACAAAUUGUUUGACAAAGGAAAAGAUACUACAAAUUUGGGUAAAAGUUUUAAAGAUCUUCCUCCUAAGGAAACACCGGUACCAAACUGGGUGGCAAAGCAGAGUGUUAGCAUUCAAGAAGGGGAUGUUGCCAAAGAUGUGGAGAAAAUAUGUUAUAAGAAAGAUACACUUUUCUCUAGUGCAUCAGUCAGGUUUGAUAGGGAUAGAAAAUAUUUGAAGGUAAAAAAUAUGCCUGUGUUGAAUCAUUCCUCUCCAAGUUCUUCAAAAAAACUGCCUUUGAAGGUUGCUAAGUUGUCGUGUAAUUCAAGAUUAUGUGAAGCUAAAUCUCUGCAGAAAAAAUUGGUCUGUGGAAGAAUUGAAAAAACUGGCUUUGAGAAGCCUCUGGUAAACAAAAUCCGAACAUCUCUUGACUUUGAUAAUGCUGAAAUGGAAAACAGUGUCUUGUCUUUAGUGAAAGAAUCCAUGUCUACAUUUAAUGAGCAAGAAUUCAUUAAGAACCAUCAAGCCUUCUCUUCAACAUCAGGUUUAACCGAAACUGAAUUUCAUAAGAACCUUACUCAAGGGAAAGUAGAAGGGUCAAUUAAGGCUGUUCAAACAGCUUUGCAGAGGUUAGAAGAAGGAUGUAGUAUUGAAGAAGCAAAAACUAUUUGUGACCCAGGGGUUCUCCAUCAGCUUUUCAUUUGGCAGAAGCAGCUCAAGGUCUAUCUUGCACCUUUUCUUCAUGGCAUGCGAUAUACUUCCUUUGGUCGCCAUUUCACUAAAAUAGACAAACUAAAGGAGGUUGUUAAUAGGCUCCAUUGGUAUGUUCAGAACGGAGACACGGUUUUGGACUUCUGUUGUGGUUCUAAUGACUUCAGUUGUCUAAUGAAAACAAAGCUUGAACAGAUGGGGAAGUCAUGUUCAUUCAAGAACUAUGAUUUAUUCCAACCCAAGAAUGAUUUCAACUUUGAAAAGAGAGAUUGGAUGAGUGUCAAUGCAGAAGAACUACCCCACGGUUCUAAACUUAUCAUAGGGCUGAAUCCUCCUUUUGGGGUGAAGGGUUUUCUUGCUAACAAAUUUAUUAACAAGGCAUUGACUUUCAAUCCAAAACUUCUUAUUCUAAUUGUACCAAAAGUAACCAAAAGACUUGACAAAAGGAAAGGUGGAUAUGAUUUAAUUUGGGAGAGUGAUGAGAUGUUUUCAGGAAAGUCAUUCUAUCUUCCUGGUUCUGUUGAUGUACGAGACAAGCAAUUGGAAGACUGGAACAUGAAGCCACCACCUCUCUACCUCUGGAGUCACCCUGAUUGGACCACUAAGCACAGGAAAAUUGCUCAAGAACAUGGCCACAUCAAGGAGAAAUAUGAUGUGCAUGUGAAGAAUUAUCUUAUGGAGGAGAAUCAUGACUGUUACCAGGACUAUUCUGGAUUACAUGCACCUGGGGAUGUUUUGAGCAUAUUUGAUGAUAUUCCAUAUGAUAAUGAUGAUGGUGCAGAUGAAGUUGCAACAUGCAAUGCUCAGGGUCAGGUGAAGGGAACAGUGUUUUCUGACUGUGGAAGAGAAAUGAAAUUGGAGAAUAGGUUUCCCUUUGAUGAAGCUGAGGAUAUGUGUAUUGAUAUGGAGUUAUCAACUCCCUAGAAAUAUGUAAUGACUGCACAUACAGAAUGAAGAAAUUUUGUGUUCUUUGAAGUAGAAAGUUUGAGAUGAAUGAAGCUGUCAAAUGAAAUUUUAGUAUAU